UACUUGGUUCCGUCCUCCCGGACAUUUACAGCGUCGUUCCCUGCAGUGGAGAAAGCUCUUUGAGGCGGGUGGUGGAGGCCUCUUUGAGCUUUGCCUUCACAGCCGGCCGGAAGCAAACGUAUUUUCGAAAGCUCCAAGCUCCGACGAUCCCUCUUACCAGCGUAAUGGCAGUCCCAGGUUGCAACAAGGACAAUGUCAGAGCAGGCUGUAAAAAAUGUGGCUAUCCUGGUCAUCUGACUUUUGAAUGCCGCAAUUUUCUCCGAGUAGACCCUAAAAGGGACAUAGUUUUGGAUGUCAGCAGUACAAGCAGUGAAGAUAGUGAUGAAGAGAAUGAAGAACUAAAUAAAUUGCAGGCAUUACAGGAAAAAAGAAUAAAUGAAGAAGAGGAGAAGAAAAAAGAAAAAAGUAAAGAGAAAAUCAAGUUGAAAAAGAAAAGGAAAAGGUCUUAUUCCAGUUCCACUGAAGAAGACUCUUCUAAACAAAAGAAACAAAAAUAUCAGAAGAAAGAAAAGAAAAAAGAAAAAAAGAACAAAUCAAAAAAAGGAAAACAUCACAAAAAAGAAAAAAAGAAGAGAAAAAAGGAAAAGCAUUCUACCCCUAAUUGUUCUGAAUUCACAAAAAAAUAACUGGGACUUUGGCCUAAGUCUUUAAAUUUAACAAUACCAUCUUUAAAAAUUGUCCUUUCUUGGAUUUUUGUUUUAUCCUUAUGCUUUGCAGUGAACCCCACCUUUUUCCAUAUAGACAUUUUUCAUUGGUGGGACCAUUAUUCUUCUGGCUGUAUGUGUUUAAAUAAGUCUUAUUACUUCAUAGUCACACCCCCAUGUAUAGAUAUUUGUAUGUACAGAGCACAUUAUUUUUGGUAUUUGUGUCUCUGGCUAGUGUUAUUAUUUCAUAAGUUGAUUAUUAAUGGCUUUUGUACAUUGUCGACCUAAGUAAUCUACCUAAUGAUUAAUGAGCAUUCCUGAAUCAAGUGUCCACCUUUCAGCGAAGAAGCUAGGUAAAGGGUAAUGAUUUGUUAUUGAUGAUUAAAAUUUGAAUAGCUUUAUAUACUAUCAUAUAAAAUAUAAAGAGUGAAAUUCUUUACUCUGGUUUUUAAAUCUCUAAGCUUUUUUAAAUAUAGGAGAUGAAACUGCUUUACUGAUCUUGAGUAGUUCUUUUUAAAUGAAUGGUGAGUGCAGGAAGAUGACAAUGAAAAUAUUUAUAACAAAGUUGCAUUGAUUUAUGAAAUAAGGAGUUUCUAGUACCUGCCUCCCUUUUUUUCCAGUAACAAUUAAAACACUUAUUCCUUGGUUAAAGACUAGUUCAACCUGUGAGAAAGUCUGGCGGAGAUGAUGCUAUGUUGGUCAAUGGUUUAGGGUAGACUCUUGGGUUUUACAAAUGUGCCACAUUGGCAUGUCUCACAGAGAUACCUCAAAACAGCCAAAUCUUCAUUAGAACUGAUAUUUAUUGUAUUUAAUAUGUAAACAUAAGCUUAUGUCUGUGAGUAAUGUGGAAAAUUUUUAAAAACAUUAGCAUAUAUUUUGACUGAAAUGAUUUAUAAUUUUGAAGCAAGUUUCACAGUGACUUUCUUCUUUCAGGAAUAACAAGUUUGAGGUAUUUCCCUCUUUUACCUCAGUCACAAAUAUCGGUAGGAGUGACAAAAAUUUAAAAUUAAAAAUUUUAUUCUGUACUUCUUAAAAUUUAAGAAUCAGGGAAUUCAUCAUGAAAGCCUUUGUAUAACAAUGGACAUUUUCUAUGAGUAAGUAUUUUAACAUGCAUGUUAUUAGAUAUAUUUCUUAUUUUUAAUUUUAAGAGCGAUCAGUGUUACUUAAUUUGCUUAAUACUUAGUAUUCCUGAUACCCAAUAAGUUAAAUAUUCAUAUUGUAACAACAUUGCAACUCAACCUAUGAUCAUGCAAAAGCACCAAAGAUCCCAAGUACCUCAUUAUGGUGCACUUAGAAGUUUUCAUGUUGGUAACCCACAGACAGAGCUCCAGAUUAAUUCAUGAUGGUGAAAUGAGCUAUGUUGUCUAAACCUCACAGGCUGGACGAGGUUACUGAUUCUUCCUUCAGGGUACACCUUACCCAGCAUGCCUCAUGCUCAAAACUCUGGGGAAACUGCACCAGCAACCCUGUCCUGGCAUUUGAGCCUCAGAAGCCUCACACCCCUGGCUUUUCCAUGACCUCAUUUACUCACUUGGUUCCCUCAAAAAGAAAUUCUUUUGUUUAAAGAGUUCAGUCAGCAGAAAAACAGAACUAUUAGAUUUUUAAGGGUUUGUUUUGCCUUUGCUGUUCAUCUUAUAAAAUUUCAGUUCUUUGGUUAUCAUGAUUUUUGAAAUUGGUGGCAAAGAAAAAAACAUUUUAAAAAUGAUUAGUAGAUGCUACAUACAAAAGGAUGGCCUCAUCCCAUUGUAUAUGUGACAUGGUAGCAGUUGCAGUACAGUUCAUCACGUUAUAUAUGUUUUACUUCUGUUAAUUAUAAAGAUUAUAAAUUAAUUCAUUACGUUUGUUUUUGGAACAGUGAAUUAAUGAUUCAGAAGUUAUAUAUAAGCCCUCAUUAACUAAUAUAGUAUAGAAAAUAAAAGAUUUUAAUGGCUCUGUAAUUUUUCCCCAGAAAUAAUCUUAGAAUUAUUCUUGAUUUCCUAUUGGCACAGUUUAUAAAAUAAUUUCAUUUGAAUAAAAGCCAUUUAUUUUUACUGAUUUUCUCUAAAUGAUCUCACUAUUAAAUUUCAGGGGAAAUUCAUAAAAUUUCAUCUCUGAUAGUAUGUAGAAGAAGGAAAAUGAACUUUAACAGUAAUAAUCCGGAAGUCAAGACCAUUCUUUAAUAGGUAGUUGGACUCUCUUAGUGUAACCCUGUAUAUCUCUCAGCAAAGUCUUCUAGCUUUUUUGUGGCCUGAUGUCUUUUACCUAGAAGCUGUGGUACUAAAUUAUCUCUGACAUCACUUCUAGUCUUUAUUGUAUAUGAUUACUAAUAUUUUAUUAUAAUUCAAAUAAUACUUAUUUAAAAGUUGUUCAUAGAUAAGCAGUUGUUAUAGUGUUCAAUAAUAUUAAAGUUUAAAUUUAUAGCUGUUAAACAUAUAAACUUUUUAACAGAUAAAUAAUACUUGGUUUGUUCGUUUUGUUACCACCCAAUGUAUGUCAUUUUCAUUAAAUACAGACAAUUUAUAUUUGCAUCUCUAACCACAUUAUCUAAACACUUUGAGGUUAUUGUUUUUAAGUGUUAGACCUACUGCCCCACAGUUUCUCCAUUUUUUUCUCCAUAUCAUCUGUUGGCUGAAAUCUCUCAGAGGAAUUUUUAGUUCUUCACACUUAAUUUUUCUCCAUUUACAUCUUUAGUUCUCUGAAGCCAAAGCAUCAAUGAAUGGGAAAUAAAAUAACUAUAUGUGCCUGUAUUUACUGUACUAUCUAAAGUUAUACAACUCUAGGUCACUCUUAGUAGUAAACUAGGCAUAGGUUAUUAAUAAUGUUCAUUAAAAUGCUAUUGAGGUAUCUCUUCAACAGAUAUAGAGUACCAACAAUGGCAAAUACUGCAGUGCUAGGUAGUGAAUUCUAAGUAAGACACAUUUGCUUCCCUGAAGGAGUUCAUAGUCUAGUUAGUUUGGGAAACACUGGAACAUACCAUUAUAAAACAGUUCCUGUAAUUGACUCAAACAUGGCUUUAUAGAAACACAGAUGCAUACCUAACCUACUCUGGAGAAAUUAGAAGAGGCCACCUAGAGAAAGUAAUGCCUGAGUUUCAUAUUUAUUGAAGAUAAGAGACAUGGUCACGCUGAAUAAUGUGAACAAAGAUCACAUACGGUUACACUCAUAUAUGAGUUAUAAGCAACCGCAUGUUGCUAUGGUUUUAUAUGUUAACAGGAGCAGUAAGAGCUGAGACUACCAUUUUAGAGUCCUGAGCUCAAGAGAAGGUCUUGUGUUCAUGUUUAGAAGUUUGGACUUUAUAAACAAUGAGAUACCAUAAAAGAAUUAAGGAAAUAACUAUUACUGGGAUGUGGUUUUAUUCAUUUCAUAAACCUACUUUACAGUUUUUUAAAAGAUGAAAUUGCUAUUAUAAGAAAGUCCCAUAAAAAGUCAUGUGAUUCUUUUAAGUUCUAUUAUUUGUAUUUUGCUUAACCCACUUUUCUUUCCACGGUCUCAUUAUUUUUACCAAAAAUUACAGUGAUUUAAAUUGCCUAAAAACACAAAGUUAUACUGUAUAAUUUAUCACACCCAUUCCCAGAAAUAUAUAUGUGUAUA